UAGCUUCUAUAAAUAAGACAGACUACUAGGUUAUAAAAACUCUAGUUACUAAAAACUUGUUUCACUAAAUUAAAGGAAUUUCUACAUAAUUGAUUUUUUUAAUGUAAUACAUCAUUGCUUUUUAUUCAGAUCACAUCACUCUGAUCCCCAGUUUUACUAGUUGUGCUUUCAUCAUUUAUCUUUGCAUGAUAUGCUUUAAAGUGUUGCACACUACCUUGGAUUUGUCCAUAUUUAACUUCACUGUAUUGAUGAAACAUUUUUCACUAUGAAUAUAUUUCUGUUUUCUAAAUUAAUAUAAGCCCUAUGCAACUGGAUGUCAUUCAUGAAAAAUGCAGUGAAUAUUUUAUUGACUUUUAAUUACAGUGUUUUUCUUAUUAGACCAAGAGUGACCUUGGUAGAUGCUAUUUCACAUUUUCCCAGUUUGACAUAAAACUCUUACUUUCUACUCUUCCAGUAUGAUACUGGUUACAUGUAAUGAUACAUAUUAACAAUAAUUAAUUUAUUAUUAAAAGUAUGACCAUAUUAUUUUUAUUCAGUAUUGAAAAUUUGAUAAUUGAAAAAUGAUACUAAUAAGCAUUUGUCUUUAAAAAUAUAUAUUUUAUUUAAUCCUGUCCAUUUAUCUAUCUGUAUACAUUUUUUAAAAUCUUAAUAGGUCAGAUAGUCUAGGUGCUGGUCAUCAAGGAACUUACUAUGAUCCAGUAAAUGAGACAUGCAUGUAAUUAACAAACAGUGGAAUAGAUGCCAUAUUAAGGUAACAAUAAGAUGCUAUUGAAACUGAACAGAGGAAGAGAUUAAUUUCAUCUGAAGGGUUCAGAGUGAACAGAGUAAGCUUCACCUUGCCUUUAAAGAAUGAGUAGAAUUUUAACAGUCAGAGAAAAUCAGGAAAUAUUCUUCAAGCCAAGGGAAUGAGGAGGGAAACAGCUGCCUAAUCAUCAACACAUUUUAGAGGAGUCAGGGAACAGUAAUAUGUGGGAAGGCAGGGUAGGAGAAAGAGACUUCAAAAUAAGUGCAGGGAAUGAACACUUAUUUAGUACUUACUGUAUUACCAGAUUUUACAUUUAUUUAACAUACAAUCAGUCUUAAUUGAUUUUGAUACUUAGGGACAGAGUAUAUUGAUCAGUCUUGGAGGAGUUAGGGGACAGUAGUAACUAGAUGCUGAGGGGUUAGCUUGGUAAACAAGUAGCAAUACCCCAUAUUGAGCCAGGAGGAAUAAUGGUAAGACAGAGUAAAGGUAAAGAUAUUUUCAGGAUUUAUUUUUGAGUUACCUAAUUUCUCAGUGAUACAGGUGUUAGUAUAUUGAUAAACUAGGAGGGAGAAGUUUUAUGAUAGUCUCUGGGGAAUAGGGAAAGAAAGAUGUCUUGGCCAAGUAAAAGUUUACUGGGAUUGAUGGUGUUUAGGAAAUCAAAAUAGCUAUUAAGUGUGUGGGGUUCACAACUUUUGCACCACACAAAAGUGAAUUGUAUGGUGAAAUUUUUGUCACUUAGAGUAACUUGCUUAUUCUUUUUUGCGAAUGUCUCCCUUGUUGGCUUUUGUGGUGGUGGUCUAUCUUUAUUCCCUGUCCUUCUCUGACCAUUCCUUACACCCCUUCCUGGCUAUUUUACCUCACAGAUAUUGGAGUAAUUCAAGAUUCUGUGGUUGGCCCUUUUGACUGCUCUCUCUACAGGUUUAAUUUGGCCAUUUACUCAUUUUCAUGGCUCCAAGGACCAUGUAUGUGUUGGAUGGCUGGCUGUGGUGAAAUUGAUCAUUCAAUAAACAUGCUUCCUACAAACAGGAAAGCAAACGAGUCCUGUUCUAAUACUGCACCUUCUUUAACCGUUCCUGAAUGUGCCAUUUGUCUGCAAACAUGUGUUCAUCCAGUCAGUCUGCCCUGUAAGCACGUUUUCUGCUAUCUAUGUGUAAAAGGAGCUUCAUGGCUUGGAAAGCGAUGUGCUCUUUGUCGACAAGAAAUUCCCGAGGAUUUCCUUGACAAGCCAACCUUGUUGUCACCAGAAGAACUCAAGGCAGCAAGUAGAGGAAAUGGUGAAUAUGCAUGGUAUUAUGAAGGAAGAAAUGGGUGGUGGCAGUACGAUGAGCGCACUAGUAGAGAGCUGGAAGAUGCUUUUUCCAAAGGUAAAAAGAACACUGAAAUGUUAAUUGCUGGCUUUCUGUAUGUUGCUGAUCUUGAAAACAUGGUUCAAUAUAGGAGAAAUGAACAUGGACGUCGCAGGAAGAUUAAGCGAGAUAUAAUAGAUAUACCAAAGAAGGGAGUAGCUGGACUUAGGCUAGACUGUGAUGCUAAUACCGUAAACCUAGCAAGAGAGAGCUCUGCUGAUGGAGCGGACAGUGUAUCAGCACAGAGUGGAGCUUCUGUUCAGCCCCUAGUGUCUUCUGUAAGGCCCCUAACAUCAGUAGAUGGUCAGUUAACAAGCCCUGCAACACCAUCCCCUGAUGCAAGCACUUCUCUGGAAGACUCUUUUGCUCAUUUACAACUCAGUGGAGACAACACAGCUGAAAGGAGUCAUAGGGGAGAAGGAGAAGAAGAUCAUGAAUCACCAUCUUCAGGCAGGGUACCAGCACCAGACACCUCCAUUGAAGAAACUGAAUCAGAUGCCAGUAGUGAUAAUGAGGAUGUAUCUGCAGUUGUUGCACAGCACUCCUUGACCCAACAGAGACUUUUGGUUUCUAAUGCAAACCAGACAGUACCCGAUCAAUCAGAUCGAUCGGGAAUUGAUCGAUCAGUAGCAGGGGGUGGAACUGUGAGUGUCAGUGUCAGAUCUAGAAGGCCUGAUGGACAGUGCACAGUAACUGAAGUUUAAAUAAAAAUGUCUUCAGCUCCAUGCUCAAGGUUGAAAGGGUUACCUGUAAAUUUCUGCCCACAUAACAUUAUACUCAUCCCUAGUAGUGCAUUUUGGGAGUUGGGGUGGGAAGGGGUAUGGGAAAGAUAGACUCAUAAUUAAAAUGUCUAACAUGUCUCUGUUGAGAAAUUUAUUUAAUGUAAGGAACUUGGGUGUUAAUAGUUGAGAGCUGUUUAGUAAUAACCCAGUUUUCUUGAGGUCUGUUUAUAGUUUUUAAAAACUUCUGUAGUUCUUUUGGCCAGUGUGUUUGUAUUAUCUGUGCAUUAAUGGUCCUCAUCUGACUCCUGCAUUGUGUCUUAUUUUUCUGCAUGGAUUGGCAUUAAGACCAUUACUAAAAUUUGGCACCUGUGAGAUGUUUGAUAUUAUGAGCAGGAAACAUAAUUUAAUGUAUGAAUAGAUGUGAAUUUGGGAUUUCAAAAUAGAUGAAUAACAAUUUUAUAGUAAAGUUAUUGAAAUGGAAAAGAAAACAGCCAGUAACUUAUGUUUCAGAAUGUUUGUAACACACUUCAUGGUGUUCCCAUAGGCUUUGCUGUCUAGUCUUAUAGUUUGGGGUUUUUUGGUCUGCAUUUUUUUUGAUUACAAAAUUUAUAAUUUAAUAAAUACUAGAGUUUAUCAAAAACAAUUUGUCUCUUGUUUGAGUGUGGAAAGGGUGUGGAAACAUUUUGACAUUUGUGACCAAAGGUCACUUAAAAAGUGGUGGUUUUAAUUGGUUGUUUUCAGCUUAAUCACUUGCUCAGAAAAGUUUGAUUUUUUUCUUAGAGAUUAUUUAAACAGAAUCUAUAGGCAGUGUGUAUAUAAUAAAUAUGUAUGGAAAUAAAACUAAAGCCUGUGAGACUUAAAUUCCUCAAAUAGCAUAUACCAUUAAUAUUUUAUAUUUUCCUUACCGUAUUCAUUAGUAGUCUAACAAACACUGGAUUAAAUGGCAGACUUAACAGUGUUAGCAGACGUGAAUUCACUUUACACAAAAUGUUGUAGACCACAAAAUCCACUUUUAUUUGGUAGUUUUUACAUCUAUGGCCAAAUAGUAUUGGGUUGACACAGUAAUCUAGAGUUUACCUCUGAAAAAAAGUAAUGUGAGUCUGUCUAACCAUAUUUUCCUAACUCAACAGUAGGAUCAUGAUGAUAAGGCAAAUGCAAGUUAUUUUUACCAUGAUUCUCAAAUGUGAAUUGAAUGUUACAGUAGUAAAUACUUUUGACCUCUUGUGAUGAGUCAGAACUACAACUUAAUUCUUUGACUUUCACAUUUUUUAAAAAGUGUACUGCUGGGAUAAUCAAAAAUUUUAUGUUGUGCAUUUUUAUUACAUUUACUUUUGAAAGAUAGUUAAUAAAAGGUUAGUUGUUUUUCAGGAAAA